UCUCUGACACACACACCUUUUCUCUACACACUCUCUCACACACUCAUUCUCUCUCUCUACACACACUUUCUCCAUCUCACACUCUCUACGUACACACUUCCUGUCUGUUAAAUAACAGUGUCAGGAAUAUCAUCUAUCAUGGUGGGCUACUGUCCCAUCUGUGGGAAACCAGUCUACUUUGGUGAGAAGAAGAGGUCAUUGGGGAGGGACUACCACCCUCUGUGUCUGAAGUGUCAACUGUGUCAGAGACAGUUGACCCCGGGACAACAUGCUGAGCAUGAUGAGAAACCCUACUGCACUAACUGUUACAUGAAGAUGUUUGGUACCAGAGGUAACAGGAGAAUGAUGUCAAACUGUCACAGCUCAGCCUCCUCUUCCUCUUCCUCCUCCUAGGAACCAGUCUAACAAACCAAAAACCAACCAAAAUACAACCUAAUGAGAACUAACAGGUUAUCAACAAGGAUCUAUGUUCAACAAACCUGACAUUCAACCAUCAAGCCAAAGACCAACCAACUAGACCCAAAAUUCAGCCAACCAACGUUUGACCAACCAAUAAAUAACCAAUAGACAACCAAGCUGACAUUGAACAAACUACUAUCCAACAAACAGACAUCAGUGUCACUCUGAAAGAUCCCC